AUGAGCUUAUUCACUGUUACAAGUCCAUGCGAAGUUCCAUGUCCCAUACCUCAGGACUGCAUUUCAUGUUGCAAAUCAAACACCUUCAGCUCUCCUCCAUGCUCUCCUCCAUGCUCUCCCCAAUGCUCUCCUCCAAGCUUAUCACCUACUAGAGCAUCAGUGACAACAGAGAGCACGGCAGAGACGGAUGACGACUCUGUUUUCCCUUUGACACCUGAUUCUAAACGCACAGGCAGCAUUCAGCGUAUCGUUGAUACCUCUGCUAGGGCUGCGUCGCCGACUUCAAGUCGUCAGUCUCAAAAGCAGCAUUACAACAACAGUCCCACCUAUUCUUUUCAUCCAUAUCACCGGCCAUCCUCAUUUCAAGAACGGCACAUUUUUGAUACUAUGUUGGGUAGAACAGACCAUGAUGAUUUACCGGAAACCAUAGGGAGCAAGACCGAAGAUAUUGGAGAUAUAUUCUUGCAGCAUUUAGAGACUCUUGGCCCUCACAUUUUCCGCCUUGUCGUGCACUACAAGGAGGCUGUUCGCGAACGCCAACGCAUGCGCCUCUAUACCACAUACUGGGAAGCCGAGGAAAAUACCAGACGUGGCACCCUCCUUCAUCUUCUCUACCAGGACGCGCAAAAUGAGUUUGUUCGAUCGGAACAACAAUCGCAAACAUUACUGAACAUGGCUCUUGAGAAGCAUUCACCGGCUGCUAUUGCCUCAGAUACCAAAUUCCUCGCUGCAGUCUGCGACCGCAACAAGGCAUCUCUCCAUCGGACUGACACUCAACUUGAUGUUAUAAAGGAUCAUAUCAAUAGGUUCCAGUUGUUCAGGUCGUCUGUUGAUGGUGACUCAGUCCAGAAGUCGGAUGCUGCCGGAGACUGUGUGGCUAGACACGUAAUUCACGCAUAG